UAUCCUGCAUGAUAAAUGUUUGAAAAUAAAACAUCGCCAGUGCUUCGUUUAGUUUUUGAAAAGCUGUGCUAGUAUAUGUCGUUUGAAGAAGACAUUAAUAAAGACGACUCUUAGUAUAAUUAAUUUAUUUGAAUAAUAUACAGUAUAUCUAAAAUAGGCAAGAGCAUUAGACGUAGUACUUCUAGGACAAAUACAAUGUUGAAGUGUGCUGCAGCCUUUAGCCUGCAACAUUCGUUCAGUCCGUCAUCCGCGGAAUAACAGUCAUCUCUCGCACUUUAUUAAGAAGUGUACGUCUUGUUUUGUCUUGGAGGCUUAUAUUCCAAAUAUGUGGUAACUUUCUCUUUUAUCCCACAUACGACUGUAAUUGCAUGUAUUUAAAAUAUAUUGUUGUUUGGACGUUUACGUUUGUGUCUGUGUGUAAGCAACUCCUUGCAAGAUGGCGGCUUUAUUGAGAAUGCAGAGGUGAAAUUAAACCUAACGUUAUCUAGAAAUACUUUACUGUAAUUGCUCUGCUGUGUAUUAUGACUGUAACCUUGAAAGUAAUAAAUACUCGUGCAAGAAGCGUUUUGGGGAAAAUCAUAAAAGUUAAAUAGGAAAAUUAGAAAAGAAACACACAUUUCCUUGUUCUAGCUGUUAAGACAACGUUAGCUAGCAGUGAUAAGCUAACUAACCAUUUGGCUUUCUAGCUGUGUUAGUUGCCUAGCUCGGAUGUUCCAAGCUCCCUAGCUGAAUUGUUUACGUGUCGUAGAAGUCAUAUUAUUAUAGGAAUUACAGCCUUCGGAAUACACCCUCCCUUAUUUAACUCACAGGACUAGAUAUGGAAGUAAUUUACCCGCCUAUCUUGUUAUUGCAGGUAUUAGAGGCAGUUCGAACUAGCUAGCCACAUAGUAUUGCGCAGCGUUAGCUAGCUAUGAAGCUAGCUUCAUUAAUUUAGCUAGGCCAUAGACAUAGUGAUUCUUUACGUUAUUUGCUUGCGAAAGCUUGACAAGUUAGUUAUUCCAACGUCACUGAUGUGUGGUUGGUUGUUGUUGAGGACAAUUUCUCGAAGUGUUCAUAUUUCAAAAGGUGGUUUGGGUUGUCAGUCAUGCCCCAGCUGAGACCCUGAUCAGUGCCUCAGCACUCUGCCCAGGCGGCCCAGUCCUGGUUUUGGCGCAGCCUGAGCCAGCAUGUCCAGCUCAGGCUACCCCCCCACUCAGGGGGCCUUCAGCAGUGAACAGAACCGUUACCCUCCACACUCUGUCCAGUACACCUUCAGCACAGCACGUCAUCAGCCGGAAUUCACCGUCCCAGACUACCGGGGACACAUUCAGGACCAGCAAGGUCGACGCAGACCCUCUCUGCUCUCGGAAUUCCACCCCGGGACUGAGAGGCCCCCAGAGAGGAGGCAUGGCUAUGAGCAGCAGUUCAUCACGUCCGUCUCCACCCAGGCCGAGCACGAGUCCCUGGAUGCCAAACGGCCACGGGUGGACGGGGCGCCUGAGACUCACUUCAGUCGUGCCCUACCGGGAUCCCUCGUCCUGCCCCACGUCAUGCAGGAUGGCCUGAUGUCUGCAUCUGGCGAGGUCAAGAAGGACACGCAGUUCAGUGUGAAGGUGGAGGCGUCCUCCUCUGGGUUACUUCAGCAUAUGGACCAGAAUGCUUCCCCCUCCAAACUCUCUAAGGAGGAGCUCAUCCAGAGCAUGGACAGGGUGGACAGAGAAAUUGCCAAGGUGGAGCAGCAGAUCUUUAAGCUCAAGAAGAAACAGCAACAACUGGAGGUGGAAGCAGCCAAGCCAGUGGAGCCGGAAAAGCCAGUGACCCCCCCACCAGUGGAGCGCAAGCACCGCAGCAUCGUCCAGAUCAUCUACGACGAGAACCGGAAAAAAGCAGAGGAGGCCCAUAAGAUAUUUGAAGGUCUUGGUCCCAUUCUGGAGCUACCCCUAUAUAACCAGCCAUCAGAUACUAAAGUGUACCAUGACAACAUAAAGACAAACCAACUGAUGAGGAAGAAGCUCAUAUUGUUUUUCAAGAGGAGAAACCAUGCACGCAAACAAAGGGAACAGAACAUCUGCCAGCGGUAUGACCAGCUGAUGGAGGCUUGGGAAAAGAAGGUGGAACGCAUGGAAAACAACCCACGCCGCAAAGCCAAGGACGGCCGUACGCGAGAGUACUACGAGCGGCAGUUCCCCGAGAUCCGCAAGCAGCGUGAGCAGCAGGAACGCUUCCAGAGUACUGUUGUGGGCGUGAACAGAAGCAAAACCAUCCCUCCUGAGUUACAGACUAGGGUGGGCCAGCGAGGGACCGGCCUUUCGGCAACCAUUGCAAGAAGUGAGCAUGAGAUCUCCGAGAUCAUCGAUGGCCUAUCUGAACAGGAGAACAACGAGAAGCAGAUGAGGCAGCUGUCCGUCAUCCCGCCCAUGAUGUAUGACACUGAGCAGCGGCGUGUCAAGUUCAUCAACAUGAACGGCCUGAUGGAAGACCCCAUGAAGGUCUACAAGUCCCGCCAGUUCAUGAAUGUGUGGACUGAACAUGAGAAGGAGAUAUUCAGGGAUAAGUUUGUACAGCACCCAAAGAAUUUUGGCCUCAUAGCUUCCUAUUUGGAAAGAAAGUGUGUGGCAGACUCUGUACAUUACUAUUACUUGACCAAGAAGAACCAGAACUACAAAACACUGGUGAGGCGUAACUACAGGCGGCGAGGUCGAAAUCAGCAGAUAACACGGCCCUCGCAAGAAGAGAAGUCGGACGAUAAAAACGAAGAGGAAAAAGCGGAAAGAUCCGAGAAAAGGGAGGAUGAGGAGAAGAAGGAAGAGGAGGAGAAAGAGGAAAAAGAAGAAAUCAAGGACCUUGGCAGAGACAAAGACAAGUGUGACGGCGGGGAGGACGAGGACGGAAAGGAGCAGAACACACCACGUGGACGCAAGACCGCCAACAGCCAAGGGCGCCGCAAGGGCAGGAUCACCACGCGCUCCAUGGCCAACGAGGCUGCCUCCGUGGGGGCCGAGGACGCGCCUCUACCCCUGCCUGAGCCAAGUUUGCCUGAGCCAGUCCAGCAGCCCAAACCUGAGCCAGUUCCUAAGACUGUUCGAGAGCCUUCCAAGACCGCUCCAUUGACCAUGGACAGAGGAGGUGUUGAGAGCGGGGAGACGUCUCGCUGGACCGAGGAGGAGAUGGAAAUAGCCAAAAAAGGUUUGGUUGAGCACGGCCGUAACUGGUCAGCUAUUGCCAAAAUGGUGGGCACCAAGAGUGAGGCUCAGUGCAAGAACUUCUAUUUCAACUACAAGAGACGGCACAACCUGGAGGACCUGCUCCAACAGCACAAACAGGAAACACGUCGGUCCAGGGGGGAUCGGGACGUGUCUCAGAGCGAGAGCAUGGCCUCCACCGUCUCUGCUGGAGAUGAUGACGAGGAUGAGGACAACCCUGAAGACAGUGAAGGUCCAGACAACAGCUCUGACACAGAGAGCGCUCCCUCCCCAUCCCAGACGGACCCCUCCAAAGCUGGCGGGAUGGCGUCCCAGCGGGACGAGGACUCUGCCGGCAUGGCAGCCGUCGCCGCCGCCUCCGAGCAGGACACCGCCUCGGACGGCAAGGGCCAGGAUGCACCAAUGGAGGAGCUGCGGGUGAAGCUGGAGAAGAGUCCGGAGGAGGCUGGCGGGGACGCGGGCUCCCAGGAGGAGCGCGGCCGCGGAGGCUACGAGGCCCAGGUGCACACCAAGACCGAGCCCCUGGACAUGGAGAUGAGCGUCGGGGCCGGCGACGUGCAGGUGAAGGUGGAGCCUGAAGCCAAGGAGAGGAUGGAGAAGCACGGGGAGCCGGGUGGGCAGCGCGACCAACAGCACUCGGACAACGACUCCAGCGCCACGUGCAGCGCCGACGAGGACGUGGAAACGGAGCCCAGGAUGUACGAGAAGCCGUCGAUGCUCAACCCUGCCGGCUCGGUGCUGGUGUCCUCCGCCAAGCUGGCCCCCAUGAACAUGCAUCAGCUCCAGCUGCGCGCCGCCACCAUCCCAUCCAUGGUCAGUUCCCAUAGCAACAACCCCCACUGCUCCAUCAGAUAUGCGGAGCGGCUGGGAGGCGGGCUCAGGGGUCAGAGCAUGUCGUAUGUAGACCACCACCCCCACCAAAUGUGGGGUUAUGGAUCUGACCCGCAGGUCCCGGUUGCGUACGGUCCUGGUGGAGUUAUGAGUGGCUACACCAUGUUCCAGCACCAGAUCAAGGCCGUGCACGAGUCAGCUCACCAGGAGGAGAAGCAGCGGCAGGACCAGCGGCAGGACCAGCGGCAGGACCAGCGGCAGGACCAGCGGCAGGACCAGCGGCAGGACCAGGCCGACCUGGAGCGCAGGCCUGGUUCAGGCUCAGGCAAGCCAUUCUCCUACAUGCCUUACGAAGUGAAGUUGUCCAUGGAGCAGGAUGCCCAUGGAGGUGUUGUUCGACCAGGCACUCCUUACCGUCUCUCCCCCAGGGAGCCCAGCAGGGCCUCGCCACAGCCAGACUCUGCCCGCUACAGUGUGCCACCUGUUCUCCAUCCAUCACCCAAUCAGAUGGUCCAGAACCUCACAGACGGCGUCCGCAUGGCUUUCCCCCGGCACAGACCGCCCAACAUUCCGUCUCCUCCUCCGCUCAUUCCCACCUCCAAGCCCACGGACAAACCGGCUUUCAUUCACGGGGGCUCCAUAUCCCAGGGAACGCCUGUGACAUACCUCCCCUCCCACAGCCACGCUGUCUACGGGCCCGAGGCAACCAAGAGCUCCGUGGGUUCCAUAUCUCUGGGGCUACCAAGACAACAGGACCCCACCAAGCCUGUGUCCUACAUAAAGCAGGAGGAGUGUUCUCCACGAGGUCAGAGCUCACAAGCCGAGGGUCUUCACUCCAGAGCGCAGUACGAGGGAGUGGUUAGAGGUGGUCCAAUGUCUGCCAUCCAGGAUGUGGGCAUGGUGAGGGGCUCUUCUGCCAAACCACAAGAGGGCUCACCUUUCAGAGGAGGUUCAAUCACACAGGGCACGCCAGCUCUGCCGCAGUCCAGUAUAGCAGCCGACCUCCUGAAGACCACCAUCACCAAACUGCCUACGGAGGACCUGAGCAACCCAGACAAGAGCAGGGCAGAGGCCAUGGCUAAGGGCCACGUCAUCUAUGAGGGCAAGCAUAGUCACAUCUACUCUUAUGACGCCAUCAAGAAUCCUAGAGAAGGUACAAGAAGCCCCAGGACAGGGCAUGAGCUGAAGCGUAAUUACGAGAUGAUGGAGGGAAGCAGGGGUCAUCCUGCGAGGGAAGCUGUACCAUAUGAAGGGUUGAUAAGCAGGGCCAGAGAUGGUUCUCACCCCGACUCUAAGGAUCGGACUGUUGUCACAGGCUCCAUCAUGCAGGGGACUCCUAGGGCAUCUGUGGAAGCCUAUGAGGAGGGCAUGAAGUAUGGCAAGCAGAUCAAGACUGAAAGCCCGCCUAUUCGCUCCUUUGAGGGGGGCAUCACCAAGGGCAAGCCCUAUGAGGGUGGUGUGAACACAAUCAAGGAGAUGGGGCGCUCCGUCCACGAGAUCCCCCGCCAAGACCUGCAAGGCCAGGAGAGAGAGAGGAAGACCCCCGGACUGGAUGGCUCCAUCGGCCAGCAGUCAGCCAUCAAGCAUAAUGUUAAGUCGCUCCUCACCAGCCCCGGCAAGCUGCCCCACUCUGCCAUGCCCCAGUUGGAGGCCAUGGAGAGGGCCAAGUACGAGGAGAGCAAGGCCUCCGACCGUGUGCGCCACACCUCCGUGGUCAACUCCACCUCUGUCCUGCGCUCCACCCACCAGGACAGCGGCAGGUCCCAGGUCAGCCCAGUGAUGUACGAGGACGCCAAUGCCCGAAGGACCCCUGUCAACUACAGCAGCAGUAGCAGCAGCUCGAUGAGAGCCUCCCCACUGCUGGUGCGGGGACCGGAGGGGAACAUCUCAGCUGGGAAGCCGGUGUCUCAGGAGCGGAAGAGCGCGCUGGUCAACGCCCAGGCUGGUAGAGAGAGCGUUCCUGCCAGGUCUCCCGUGCCGUCCGCCGACCCCAUGGCCUCUCAUUUCGACCCGCACCACCGACCCGUCAUUCCCGGAGAAGUGUACAGACCUCCCCACCUGCCCCACCACAUGGAUCCCAACCUUGUUUUCCACCCAGCAUACAUAUUUCCGCGGCAACCUUCUCCGACAGGCUACCCCAACACGUACCAGCUGUACACCAUGGAGAACACGCGCCAGACCAUCCUCAACGAUUACAUCACCUCGCAGCAGAUGCAGGUCAUCCCUCGGGCUGACGUGGCCCGCGUACUGUCACCACGGGAACAUCAGAUUCCCAUACCUUACCAUCCUGGACCACGAGGUAUUAUUGAUCUAGCCCAGAUGCCACGAGCUCCUAUCCUGUUGUCUGACCGCCUCACCUACCUCUCCGGAGCUCAUCCCCCUUUCUCUCCUAGUGCUUACAACCAAGCCUCCAUGCUUGCAGCAGCCAGCGUCGAGCGGGAGCGAGAGAGGGACCGUGAGCAGCGUGAGCGGGAGAAGGAGCGCGAUAAAGAACGCGAGAGGGAGCAGAGAGAACGGGAGCGCGCAGCGGCAGCGGCAGCCAAUGAAUACAUGCGUGGAGGUCCUGAGCGCCCGGGCAGGCCUGGUAGCAACAGUUACAUGCGCUCCCCCUCGCCCUCCGUGAGGGCACCAGAGGGAGCCAAUCAACAGCGGGCCAGCAUUUUCCAGGCCACCAACAGCAAGAACAACACCCCUCUCAUGCCCAUGUCAUCGCCUGCAGCCGCAUCCCAGGGUCGCUACAACACGGCCGCCGACGCCCUGGCAGCCCUGGUGGACGCUGCCGCCUCCGCCCCCCAGAUGGACGUGGCCAAGGCAAAGGAGAGCAAGCACGAGGCCCCACGCGAUGAGGACAUGAGCUCCUCCUCCUCGUCUGCCCGCCGCAGUGCCGCAGCCUUCAGCGAGCAGCAGGAGGCCGAGAGGCGCUCCAUGCAGUCUCCCUACAGCAGUAUGGGCAUGCCUGGGGUCAAAGGUCAUUCCGGCUAUCCAGAGGGUGCGGCUGCAAUGGGGAGGGACAAGAACGCGCCCACCAAGUCCCGCAUCGAGGAAGAGCUCCGCACUCGAGGGAAGACCACCAUUACCGCUGCCAACUUCAUUGAUGUCAUCAUCACGCGCCAGAUUGCCUCAGAUAAAGACUCGCGUGAAAGAAGCUCCCAAAGCUCAGACUCCUCCAGCAGUUUGUCGUCCAGCCGGUAUGACGCCCAAGCCGGAGGAGCCAUCGAAGUGAUCAGCCCCGCCAGCUCCCCAGCUCAGAGUCAGGAGAAGCCCGAGAGCUCCUUCCCCCAGGAGAAGGCCUCUCAGCCACCCACAGGAAGCGUGAGGGCCUUUGACAUGAGCCGCUACCGUCAGCAGGUGGAGCGGGACCCAGGGCCUCCGGCUCCGCAGCACCCGCCCACCCCCCAGACGCACCGCGUCAUGACCCUGGCAGACCACAUCUCGCAUAUCAUAACCCGGGACUUUGCCCGUAAUCAAGAGCCUAGCCCAGUCCCUACAUCCAUGCCCUCGUCUUCAUCCUCCUCUUCCUCCGCGUCAGCCACAUUCCAGAGCUCGGCCCCACACGUUUCUGGUUCUGGGUCCGGCCGGGCCAAGGUGCCCAGCAACUACAGCCCCGAGAACCCAGUCCUGAGCUCCCAUCACCAGAGGACUCCCAGCAGAGUGUCCCCAGAGAAUGCCCCCGAGAAGCCAAGAUCCAGGCCGGGUAAAUCUCCUGAGCGCGGUGGUCGACCGCAGGAGAACUAUGAGCCCAUCUCCCCACCCCAGAGCUACUCCGCCAUGGACAAGCCGGAGCCCUCUGCUGGUGUGCUGCAGAGCCAGAGGAGGGAGGCUGACAUGCCUGAGCAGAGGACGGACACACGCUCGCCAGGGAGCAGCAGCUAUCUGCCCGCCUUCUUCACCAAGCUGGAGAACACUUCCCCCAUGGUGAAAUCCAAGAAGCAGGAGAUCUUUCGUAAGAAAGGUGUCGGUGAUUCUGAUGUUGUCCCGGCACAACCAGGUACAGAGAUCUUUAACUUGCCAGCAGUAACCAGCUCAAGUACCGUGAAUCCCAGGAACCACUCCUUUAGUGACCCGGCCAGUAAUCUGGGCCUGGAGGACAUCAUCCGCAAAGCCCUGAUGGGGAACAUGGAGGACAGGCCAGAGGAGUCGGCCCAGGCAGGGGCUCCCCACACGGGCAGCACCAACAACCCCACCAGCAUAGCAACAGUCAGCGAGGGCCGGCAGGAGGCCAACCCCUCCCCAAGCACAGGGAAACAAAAGCCGCAGGGAAAGCCCAACAGCCGCAAGGCCAAGUCGCCCAAUCCUGGACAGGUAUUCCCUGGGGAGCGCCCAUCCUCCGUGUCCUCGGUCCACUCUGAGGGAGACUACCACUGGCAGGCGCCCACCUGGGCCUGGGAGGAGCGACCCUCUUCUACAGGCUCCAUGCAGUUCCCGUACAACCCCCUGACCAUGCGCAUGCUGAGCAGCACGCCACCCACCUCCAUGGCCUGCCCAUCGCCCUCUCUGCAGUCCCAGCAGCCUCCGCCACCAGGGCCGCCGCCCCAGUCAGCAGUGUCGGGGGGAGCCGGCCCUGUGGCACCGCCGAGCCGUGUCUGGGAGCGCGAGCCGCUGCUGCAGGAGCAGUACGAGACCCUGUCGGACAGUGACGACUGAGCUCCGCCACGAGACCAACGACGCCCCCACCCUUAUGAAAACCCCCCCAUCGCCUCGCUUCGGGGCCCUGAGGGAACAGCCCCCUCCCCACACUCCCCCCAAUGCGGGUCUACCCCGCCCCGCCCCGCCUCGCCUUGCUCAGAGCCUCACUCUCAGGCAGAUGAUGCGGAGAAUGGCUGGGGUGGACCAGCGCCCCCUGGUGACACAGCCAGUGGAAAAGAGGCGCAGACUCUUGGAUGUUGCCAUGGUGACAAGUAUGUUAGGAGCUUUUUUUUUUCUUUUCUUUUGUUGUGGAGAAACUUAACCACGUUACCUGGCUGGGGGGAAGAAGGCAGCUUAGACUUGUGUUGACAGAGGUAUGUGUCAGUGUUUUUUAUUUUUCUCCCUCUCCUUCCUUUUCUCAGUUUUUAGUUCAUAUUGCCCAGCUCCCCUCUCUCUGCUGUUCCAAACAGAAAUCCGAUUUUUGUAAAUUGCCUGUCCCAUUAAUGACAGAAAUAACCAAACUAAUGGCACCUCUGCACCAUUGUUGCACUUUUUUGCUUUGUAAGCUUUGACAGACAUAAAGGCAAACUACCUAUUAUAAGUUAUUCAAGCUACCCCCUGAAGGGGUCCUUCAUUUGAUUUCAUCAGUCAACAUCACGCUUCGGACUUCCUGAGUUCCAGUUUAUCUUCUCCAGUCGCUGAUGUGGUCGUAUUUGAUUUUCUUUAGGGUAUGGUACAGCUCUUUCAUGCGAGCGGCUUGAAAGACCAUUCUGGGUUUUUUUUUCUCUUUUUUCAGUCUCUUCAUGGCCAGAGGAAAGCUAAUUCUGAUUUUUGUGGUUUAUGUUAAUAAAACUCUCAUUGUCUCGCU